AUGUUGGAUGAAUUUACUACUAAAGUAAAUAAUCAUCUCGAAAAAUGCCGUGUGGAUAAGUCACCGGUCGAUGCUAAUUUAAUCGAUGGAUAUUGCUUAUCCAUUGACCGAGAAACUGCCGAACAGCCAAAUUAUUUCCAAACCAUUAUCCCAUUAGUCAACCAAUUGUUAUUAGAUGAAAACUACUACGAAUUAGAUCCUCAUGGUAUUUUAAUUGAUUUGUUACUGACUUUAUUGUCACACUUGAAAUUUAAGCAGGUUUUAGAGUUUUACCCUAACGAAUUUAUUUUGGAUAAUCUUUUUGAAUCAACUGUGCCCGUGGUUAAUAUCUUGUGUUUGAAAAUCAUCAUUUUGAACAUCCACGAACAAGAAACCUUGAAGUUUUUACACGACAAUAAUGUCAUCUACAGGUUAGUUGAAAAAUUCUUCACUGAAGAAACAUCUAUCCCAGUAUUGGGUCAGAUCGAAUUGUUGAUUACCAAAUUAACAUCCCCAGAGGAGAUUGAAUUACUGAACGAA